UCUCGGUUAGUACGAUGAAUGUGUAAGCCGUCUUUUUACUGCCAGACCCAUAUUUGCAAUUCCAGAGUGAUGGGUGUUGGUGGUAAAUUCUGGGACUUGCUUAAACCCUACGCCCGGCAUGAGGGUUUUGAUUUCUUGAGGAACAAGCGGGUUGCCGUCGACCUCUCCUUCUGGCUCGUACAGCAUGAAACCGCUAUCAAGGACCGUGCACGAAGCCCCCACCUCAGGCUCACCUUCUUCCGUACCAUCAAUCUCUUCUCCAAGUUUGGAGCAUUUCCUGUCUUUGUAGUUGAUGGAAGUCCGUCACCUCUAAAGUCAGAGGCGAGGAUUGCAAGAUUCUUUCGUUCUUCUGGUAUUGAUUCAUCAAGUUUGCCUGUGGCUGGCGAUGGUGCUUCAGUUGAGAGAAACAGCACAUUUACAAAGUAUAUUCAAGAAUGUGUGGAACUGCUUGAACUGCUUGGGAUGCCUGUAGUAAAAGCAAAAGGAGAGGCUGAAGCACUGUGUGCCCAGUUAGACGCCGAAGGUCAUGUAGAUGCUUGCAUCACAUCUGACAGUGAUGCAUUCCUCUUCGGGGCUAAGUGUGUGAUAAAAACCUUUCAAUCCAAUACCAGAGAACCAUUUGAAUAUUACUAUAUGUCAGAUAUCGAAGCUGGUCUUGGUUUGAAGAGGAAACACUUGAUUGCCAUCUCUCUUUUGGUUGGAAAUGACUAUGAUUUAAAUGGGGUGCAAGGCGUUGGGCUUGAUACAGCUCUUCGUUUUUCCCAAACUUUUAGUGAAGAUGAGAUAUUGAAUAGGUUACGUGAAAUUGGAAAUGGUGAUGCUUCUCUCUUGCAAGGUGAAAUAAGAUCUGUGGAUGAUAGUGUACCCAGUCCAGAUGAGAGCUCAUUAAAAAGAAAAUUCUCUCAUUGUUCCUUUUGUGGGCAUCCUGGCAGCAAAAGAACUCAUUUCAAGUCUUCCUGUGAAUAUUGUAGUACCACAAUGGGUGAGGGUUGCGUGAAAAAAUCAGAGGGUUUCAAAUGCAGUUGCUCUUCUUGUGAUAUGGAUCGUAAAGAAAAGGAGCAGAAGAAGCAAGAUAAUUGGCGAUUGAAAGUUCUCAGCAAGAUUGCACUGGAGCCGAAUUUUCCCAAUGAUGCGAUUAUUGAAAUGUACUUGGGCAACAGCCAUGGUUACUUCACUGAAAAUGAUGGACCCUGCAUAUCAUGGGGAAGUCCAAAAACUGAAAUGGUGGUUGAUUUCUUGGCUUAUCAUCAGCUGUGGGAACCAUCUUAUAUUCGCCGGAGGAUGCUUCCAAUGUUAUCAACUAUUUUUUUAAGGGAAAAGGCUAAAGAUCCUGUAAAAAGUUUGUUAUAUGGGCAGUAUGAGUUCGAUUCCAUAGACCGCUUGAAAAUAAGAUAUGGGCAUCAAUUUUAUGUGGUCAAGUGGAAAAAAUCCGCACCUUCUUUGGGUUGUGUCAGUUGCACAGUCCCUCUGGAGGAGUCAGAUGUGCAACAAGAUGAUGUUAUGGAAGUUGAUGAAUCCAUUGAUCCAUUCGAUGAGUCUGAUGUUCCUACGAUUGAUAUCAACAAUGGUUGUUGCUUUUUGUUGACUGAUGAAAAUACGGACCUUGUCCAUGCUGCUUUUCCGGAGGAAGUUGACAGAUUUUUGCAGGAGAAGGAACUGAAAGAAUUGAAAAGAAGAAAAACUGGGAAGCCAGAAACAGCAGGAUCAAGAGGCGUCCAGCUAAAUAUCACAGAAUUCUACCGUUCGGCCAAAGUGUAUGAGACAGAACCUGGAGAAAUUCUAACCAAGAAGACAGAACCUGGAGAAAUUCUAACCAAGAAGACAGAAGCUGGAGAAAUUCUAUCAAGUCAGAGAGCUGAAACUAGCAAAGAAAAGAGAAAACCAUCAAGCUCAAAUCUCCCCAAGUCUGUAAGACGCCGUCUUUUGUUUGACUAAGGCAUUUUCAGAUUUUGGGCCUCUUGCUGCUGUUUAGUAGGAAAAUUAAUUGAAGAUGUAAAGUUAUCGCCUCCUUCUACCCCUUACUGAGCUUAGCCUGAUGUGUAAUUUCUGUAAUUAAAUUUUAGAUUUAUAUAGGGUAGGUGCUGAGCAAAAGUUGCAGGGUUUUGAAUCUUCCUUGAGUGAGCAAUGCAAGAUUUCUAGUGCGUUUAUUGUAACAUUUUGUA